CAAGAAUUUGAUGAUGCUUGUAAAUUGCAGUGGCAUUGUAGCUUGUAGGCAUUAAUUAACAUUGAAGGGAAGGGGGUCCAUAAAGGUUGAAGUUAAAAGGAAAACAGAACUGGGUCCAUUCCAUGAAUGAAUGCACACCUCAUGUCCCUUUCAACUCUCUCUACCCUUACCCUCCAUCACACACCCCACUCAUAUUCAUAUAUAACCCUUCUCUCUCUAAAUCUCACUUUGGACUUUGGAGUCAGGUUUUGUAGCUUCACUUCAAACUGUUUCACAGUUGUGCUGGACCUUAACUUGAGUUCUCAACUUUUCUGAUUGUAAUCUUCACACAACAAACAAGGAUUCAUUAAUUGAGGAACCUGUUUCUAGCAUGGGAGUUUGUCUGAGUGCCCAAGUUAAAGCUGAGAGCCCCUACAACACUGGGGUGAACUCAAAGAAUGUGAGCACAGAUGGAAAUGAUCUCAGUAACACAAACAGUAAGGUUUCGUCUACCUCGAUGCCACCGACUCCACGGAGUGAGGGAGAGAUCUUGCAGUGUUCUAAUUUAAAGAGCUUUAGUUUAUCAGAACUUAAGACAGCCACGAGAAAUUUCCGGCCGGACAGUGUGUUAGGAGAAGGUGGUUUUGGUUCUGUUUUUAAGGGUUGGAUGGAUGAGAAUUCUUUGGUGGCUUCCAAACCUGGCACUGGCAUUGUUAUUGCUGUGAAGAGACUUAAUCAAGAUGGCUUACAGGGUCACAGGGAGUGGUUGGCUGAAGUAAACUAUCUUGGACAAUUUUCUCAUCCUCAUCUAGUGAGAUUGAUUGGAUACUGCCUUGAAGAUGAACAUCGCCUUCUCGUCUACGAGUUUAUGCCUCGUGGCAGCUUGGAGAAUCAUUUGUUCAGGAGAGGCUCAUACUUUCAACCUCUAUCAUGGAGUCUCCGUUUAAAGGUUGCUCUUGAUGCAGCCAAAGGGCUUGCAUUCCUUCACAGUGCCGAAACACAAGUGAUUUACCGUGACUUUAAGACUUCCAAUGUCUUGCUUGACUCGAAUUACAAUGCAAAACUUUCGGAUUUCGGGCUAGCGAAAGAUGGACCAACAGGUGACAAAAGUCAUGUGUCAACAAGGGUGAUUGGAACCUACGGAUAUGCAGCUCCUGAAUAUCUAGCUACUGGUCAUCUUACUGCAAAGAGUGAUGUCUAUAGCUUUGGAGUAGUCCUACUUGAAAUGUUAUCCGGUAAGAGGUCGGUUGACAAGAAUCGACCAACCGGACAACACAGUCUGGUGGAGUGGGCUAAACCAUACCUGGCUAAUAAACGCAAGGUCUUUCGAGUUUUGGACACGCGCCUCGAAGGACAGUAUUCGGUUGAAGAUGCCUAUAAGGUAGCCACACUCACCUUGAGAUGCAUAUCUAGAGAAUCCAAGUUCAGGCCAAACAUGGAUGAAGUUGUUACAUUACUGGAGCAGCUGCAGGCUCCUAAUGCAGAUGCAGGCAACCGAAAUCCUUCUUGUAAUGCGUCUCGCCCUCGUAGAAGAAGCGCUGAUGAUGUUAGCCAUAGGAGGGCCACCCCUACAGCUUACCCUAGGCCCUCUUCUUCAACUCUAUAUACUUGAAAUUGCAAACACACACAACCUUGAAACUUAAGAAAUCCUAAUAAUAUAUUGCUCUGAUGCAGGGGAAAAAACAUGAUGCAUGAACUCAGGAACUUCUGUAACUAAUAGAUUGUACAUAUGAUAUAAUUCAGCUAAUGUUGCAAUUAUGUAGGUACUUCUUUUUAAUAUUAGGAUAUUUUUGGGGUGGUGUAGUUUCCUA